AUGAUGGACAAUGAAAAUGAGAAAAAUACAAGUGGUUCUUCAACAGCUACAACAAGAUCAUUUAGUAGUUUUGUAGAUCUAGAUUUGGAUGAUGGUUAUGCUAAAUAUUUGGAAAAUCGUGGAAAAGUUAUCAAUAGUACCGAAUUGGAUAUAUAUUUGGUUGAUACAUUGGAAAAGAGAAAGAAGGGAGAUAAUUUUGAUGUACUAAGUUGGUGGAAUCUCAAUUCGGGCAAAUACCCUAUACUUUCUCAAAUUGCAAAAGAUGUUUUGGGAAUGUCAAUUUCAACCGUUGCUAGUGAGUCGGCAUUUAGUACCGGUGGUAGAGUUAUUGACAAAUUUAGAAGUUCUCUUACACCAAAGACCGCCGAAGCAUUGAUGUGCACACAAGAUUGA